AUGUUUGGCUCGCCGACCGAGAGCCGCCGCGGCGAUGGCUUCGAGGGCAAAGCCCGGGGGGUGCUGCGGGCGGUCGAGAGGGCGCGCCUGCAGUUCCUCCAGAAGACGAAACCUCCGAGCGUCAGCGGCAGCGGCCCCACCAGCCCCGGCGGCACCUCCACCUCCACCCUCACGCACACAUACUUCGACCUGCUCCCCACGGAGCUGCUCAUCGCCAUCAUCAGCCGCACAACCUGGCGCGACGUGACCACGCUCCGCCGCGUCUCGCGCGCCUUCCGCGACCUCGUCGACACGCACGAGCACAUCAUCGUCACGCAGUGGCUGCUGCCGGGGUCCUACCUCACGCUGCUCUCGCAGCUCUUCUAUCCGCCGCGGUCGCGCACGGGCGACGGCACGCGGCGCGCGACGGUCCAGUACUUUUAUGGGCUGGAGAGGCGCCAUGUCACGUGCUCGCAGCUGGCGUAUUAUCUGUGUGAUAAGGCGCUGACCCCGAUGUUUUGUGGGGGGCGGGGCGGGGGCGCGGGCGAGUUCUCGUUGGAUAGGAGGGCGAGGAGGGAGGCGGAGGGGAAGAAGGAGUUGGCGAUUAGAGCGGUGCAGAGGAGGUUGACGAAGCAGUUGUACUAUGUCCUCCACUUCCUAACCUACUCCCGCCUCCGCCUGGAAGCCUCCCAAGCCGUCACCGCCGCCGAGAACAGCGACGACUACCACACCCCCCCCUCCCCACUGGACCUAACCAACACCUACACCACCAUCCAAUCCAGCAUCAUCGGCACCUUCGACAACAGCACCCUAAUCAGCACGCACCACGCCAUGCACUUCCUCGUCAACCUGCUCCGCCUGUCGCUCUCCCCCGAGCCGCCGCACAACCAGAACGACGAGCAAGUAGCGCUGAUCCUGCGGUGCACGAUGCCGCUGCAGCGCUGCGUCGAGUUCUUUGCGGCCGACGUGCCGAGCGCGAGCGGCCGGCUGAGGAAGCAGUUCAUGAGCGACAUGCAGGACGAGCGCGUGGAGAUGGAGGCGAAGCUGGUGGGCCGCGCGGCCGGCGGGAGGAGGGGGAGCACGUAUGGCGGCUCGAGGAGGGUGUGGGCGCCCAGGGUCGGCGAGGUGUGGUUUGAUGCGGCGAAGAAGGCGCUGGGCGAGAGGGGGCUGAGGGAGCAUGGGCCGGAUGGGGUGUACUUUUUUCCGGAUUGUAGUCAGGAGUUGUUGGUGGGGUGUCCGGAUUGUCAGUUGAGGCCGACGCCGCGGUGA